AUGCCCAAAGAUCAUCAGGUCAUUCAUGUUGUGGGUCCUUUUUACAUUGUUUCAGGCAAACUUCUUGCUGCCAUUGAUGAUUUGGGGCUGAGGAAUCACACACUGGUCUUCUUUGCAUCAGACCACGGAGGCCAUUUGGAGGCAAGGUUGGGCCACACCCAGCUUGGUGGAUGGAAUGGGAUAUACAAAGGCGGGAAAGGCAUGUCAGGCUGGGAAGGUGAUCGUGUGCCUGGACUUUUCCGAUGGCCUGGAAAAUUGCCAACUGGCAAAGUGAUUGAGGAACCUACAAGCUUGAUGGAUAUCCUACCCACUGUAGCAGCUUUGUCAGGAGGAAUAGUUCCUCAGGAGAGGGUGAUUGAUGGCCGAAACCUCAUGCCCUUGCUUCAGGGGAAGGUCCAGCGUUCCGAGCAUGAGUUUCUGUUUCACUACUGUACUAAGUUCAUCCACGCCGCGCGAUGGCACCCAAAGAACAGUGAGGCAGUGUGGAAGGUUCAUUACGUGACACCCAUAUUCCAGCCUCCAGGAGCUCAGGCCUGCUAUGAGACCCAACUCUGUCAAUGUGCAGGGGAAAAUGUCACCUACCAUGACCCUCCCUUGCUGUUCGAUCUCUCCCGAGACCCUUCCGAGUCCACCCCGCUGACAAGUGACACAGAGCCGCUCUAUGACUUGGUGAUCAGCACGGUGGCUGAUGCCCUGAUGGAGCACAAGAAAUCCAUCACCCCAGUUGAGCUGCAGCUGGGUCCAGAACUGAAUUAUGAACGUGUGUCACUGAAGUCCUGCUGUGGGGUGUUCCCAUUCUGUCUGUGUGACAAGGAGGAGGGCGAAGGGAACAUACUAUGA